AUGACACUCUCUUAUGACGAGAAACCCCGUAUGAAUGAAAAUACAGGUAAAUGGCUCAAAGUUUACCUAAAAUGCUUUAUAAACGCAGUGCUUGACUUCCGUAACGUUUAUCCCCAGGAAUCAUUUGAUUGGACGACUUAUCAGGCGUUUAAUUUGCCUCGACAUAUACCUAUAAAUCGACAUCCGCAGGUUUCCCAGUACAUUGAGACGUUGAUAGAAGAUCUUCUCAGUAAAUUAGGGAACAUUCGCACAUUUAACUUGAAUAUAGUUAGAUGUGACGAUAGGGCCUGUAUUGAGAACUACGCAAUUGAUUUUUCAGAAUUAAGACAUUGGGACACGGAGCUAGUUUCUGAGACAGAGGUCUUUGACGAGCUUCGGUCGAGUUUAAACGGUCUUCUCUCGCAACUGGAGAAACUUCCCAAAAUCAAGCCAGGAACUGUUACUUUCGAGAUCAUUAUAGAGGGACCAGACUUGAAUCUGGGCCGUGAAGCAGGAAGAGUAUUGAACGAGACGGAAAAACGACACUUGGAGCAGAACGUCAACUGGACCAAGACUGGAGAAAAUCAAUUUCAAGGCAAAAUUACUAAUAGUGAAUUAGGUAACGAGAUCCAAGGUUUUGGUCCCAAAGUGAAAUUGACGUCCAUCGCGGGCUGUGAUUCGGGGCCCAUAGUUUUCUAUGUGUACACACAGCGGAUCAUUGCACCAAAGGAUUCUCAACUAUUGGAUAUUUAUGAAAGUUACUCUCAAGAAGAAUUUCAAUUGUCACUUCCAUGA